AUGACUUCAAAUCGUGUUGCUGCUGGAACGGGUAUUCGAGGAUCAGCCUCGAAUAAACUUAAUCUUCCUCGUGGAAUCUUUGUCGAUGUGAAUUUGGAUUUAUAUGUGGCAGAUUGUGGAAAUCAUCGAGUUCAGUUGUUUCAGUCAGGAGAAUCAAAUGGCAUCACAGUGGCUGGAAAUGACGCAUCAAAUUCAACAAUUAAACUCCAAUAUCCAACUGCAAUUAUAUUAGAUGCUGAAAAGUACUUAUUCAUUUUGGAUUAUGGCACUCAUCAAAUUGUUAUAUUAGACUUGAAUGGUUUUCGAUGUUUAGUUGGACGUUAUGGAGUGGGUUCACAAUCCAAUCAAUUGCAUAAUGCAUUUAGUUUUAGUUCUGAUCGUUCUGGAAACAUGUUUGUUACUGAUUCAGGAAAUCAUCGGAUUCAAAAAUUUCAAUAUUUGGAAGAAUCGUGUGUGAAUACUUCAUCAGUUGUUCAAACAACUUAUGCAUCAGAAUUGGCAACAAAUAGUUCAAUGUAUUUUCUUUGGCGAUGUUCAGAGCCAGGAAAUUACUAUGAAGCGAUGCAAGUGAAUGUCAUCAGAAGUGGUCUUUACACUUUCUUCAAUUACCCACCAGUCAUCCGAUUGAAAUAUUCGUCAGCAGUACAAUCGAACUAUUUAUCAGCGUUGACUACGAAUAGUCAAACAUAUUCUCGAGAUUGUCGAAAAUCAAAUUAUUACUAUGAAACUAUACGAAUGAAUGUGAUAGAAACUGGUUAUUAUGCUCUUACUAGUUCUAGCAGUAAAGAUACAUCUGUUGAUAUUUAUAAAGAUGACUUUAACCCAAUGGAUCCUUCCGAGAAUCUACUCAAACGGGAUUAUCAAGCCUGUAAUUAUGAAAACGUCAGGCUCAUCGCUUAUCUUCACACUGAUACUACAUACAUAUUAGUGGUGACAACAUCUUCACCGAAUAUGACAGGACUUUUUAUCGUUCGAACAUCCGGUCCAAAUAAUAUCACUCUUAAUCCUCACACUCAAAAUCUGACCAGUUGUUUCAUUGGUCAAAAAUGUCAGUUCUACAAAAAAAGUAUUGGUGUCACUCUUGAUGACAUUUUACGUGAAGAAAUUCGACCGAAUAUGACAAUGACUGAUCAAACAGUAUUGAUGAAAAUGAGUGCUGCUGUGACGAUGAUUAUGUUUGUUGGAGGUUUUAUCAAUAGUGUGUUGUCUCUAAUAACAUUUCAAAAUAAGGAUCUACGACAAGCUGGAUGUGGCAUCUAUCUCUUAGCAUCAUCAAUUACUUCUUUUCUUACAAUUAGCAUGUUUACAGUGAAGUUUUGGUUUGUUGUUCUCACUCAAAUGAAUCUAUCAGUUCGUCUUUCUGUUGUCCGAGGAGGUUGUAUAUCAAUCGAACCACUUCUCAAACUUUGUCUAUAUUUGGAUGCUUGGCUCAAUGCUUGUGUAGCCAUUGAAAGAGCGAUUCUCGUUUUCAAAGGAAUUAAAUUCAAUAAACAGAAAAGUCAAUGCAUUGCUCGAUGGAUAAUUGCCAUCUUACCAUUCUGUGUCAUGGGUUCAAUCAUUCAUGAACCUAUACAUCGAGAAUUGUACGAGGUAAAUACAGAAACGGAUAAAGUGGAUAUCAAUAGAUGGUGUUUAACUCGUUAUUCUCCUGCUAUUCAACAAUACAAUACAAUCAUCUUAUUUUUCCAUCUUGUUGGUCCAUGUAUUAUCAAUCUUUGUUCUGCUUUAUUCAUCAUAUUUGGAUCAGCGCGACAACGAUCAACAGCUCAGACAAGACAAACUCUGAGAGAACAUGUUUAUAAUCAAUUUAGUGAACACAAACAAUUAUUGAUUAGUCCAGUUAUUCUUCUAAUUCUGUCUUUACCCCGUCUGAUUAUGUCAAUGUUAUCUGAAUGUGUCAAUCCAUCUAACCAUCGAUUAUUAUUUAUUUUUGGUUAUUUCAUUUCAUUUACUCCAUCGAUGCUUAUCUUUAUUGUCUUUGUCCUUCCUUCAGCCUUGUACAGAAAAACAUUUCAAGAAUCAUUCAGACGAUGGCGACGAUUAAUACAUCAAUAA